AUGAAGACCUUUGUGACUGAGGCUUUGCUCCUGCUGCUGCAGGCUCUGCUGGCCCUGAGCAGACAUCCAGAAGGUACACACUUUGUUGAGAUUUAUCAAGCUCUCUUUACCUCGCCUGAGUUGCCUGAGCCCCAGUUCAUCCGUGUUGCCUUUGUGGACGACGUACAAUUUGAGAGAUUCAACAAUAGAGAAGGUGUUCAGAGGAUGGAGCACUGUGCACCAUGGAGAGAUCAAAAGACACAAGAGUAUUGGAAGGAAAUCACAGACCAGGUCCUGAACCAAAUUCUGAAUUUCAGAAUGUUACUGGAAAAAAUGCUCCAAAUCUACAACUACAGUGCAACUGGAUAUCACACAAUCCAGAUGAGGUAUGGCUGCUAUGUCCUGCUUCAAAGUGAUUUCAGUCAUGGAGUCCUUGAACUAUCCUUCAAUGACCACGAUUACAUGAGGCUGAAUGAGGACAUGAGGACUUGGACCACAGUGGGCAAAGUUGCUGAGUUUCUCAGAAAAGAGUGGGAAUCAUCAGGUGUUAUACAAAAUUUUCAGACUAACCUGAUCAGUGUUUGUAUGGAAGUACUCUUCAGAGAGCUGGAGUUUGGAAAGGAGUUUUUCCUAAGAAAAGACACUCCUAAAAUACAUGUGAUCCAUAAGGUCAGACCCGACAAAAAAAUCACUCUGAGGUGCUGGGCCUUCAACUUCUACCCUGCUGAAAUCACCCUAACCUGGGUGACAGAUGAGAGCAAUCAAACCGCACACGUGGAGGUGUCAGAGACCAGGCCUUCAGGGGACGGAACCUUCCAGAAGUGGGCAGCUGUUGUGGUUCAUUCUGGAGAAGAGCAUAGAUACAAGUGUCAUGUGAAUCAUGAGGGGCUUCCUGAGCCCAUGACCCUGAGAUGGGAGUCUCCUGAGCCGACCAUCCCCUUUUUGCUUGUUGUCAUUGCUGUGAUUCUUGGAGCUCUGCUCAUAGGAGCAAUGAUGACUUUUCUGAUAUGGAAGAGGAAGACUAGAGGUAAGAAAGGGGCAAGGUCUUAG